UUUGGUUCGGUUCGGUUCGGAACAAUUCAAAUAAAUAAAACAAAUCAAAAAUAUUCACUAGCAAAGUAGUAACCAGAGACACUGUGCCGUCGCCCGUCGCCGCCGCCGCCACACUAUCAUCUCUCUCAGGUUUUUGAUUUUCCACGGCAAUGGAGUCUUCGAUUCUCAAAAGCCCUAAUCUCUCUUCACCAUCGUUCGGUGUACCUUCAAUUCCCGCCUUAUCCUCCUCCUCCACCUCACCAUUUUCAUCUCUUCAUCUCCGAUCACAGAACCACCGUACCAUCUCUCUUACCACCGCCGGAAAAUUCCGUGUCUCGUAUUCUCUCUCCGCUUCUUCACCUCUACCACCUCAUGCUCCUCGCCGUCGUCCCAAUUACAUCCCUAACCGUAUAUCCGAUCCCAAUUACGUCAGAAUCUUCGAUACAACUCUCCGAGACGGUGAACAGUCUCCCGGAGCUACACUAACCUCCAAGGAAAAGCUCGAUAUCGCUCGUCAAUUAGCCAAGCUCGGAGUCGACAUCAUCGAAGCUGGAUUUCCCGCUGCUUCAAAAGACGAUUUCGAAGCUGUUAAAACCAUAGCUGAGACUGUUGGCAAUACCGUCGACGAAAAUGGCUAUGUCCCUGUAAUCUGUGGUCUCUCGAGAUGUAACAAGAAGGAUAUUGAGACGGCUUGGGAAGCUGUGAAGUACGCUAAGCGGCCAAGAAUCCAUACGUUUAUUGCCACUAGUGAUAUUCAUCUGAAGUAUAAGUUGAAGAAGAGUAAAGAAGAAGUUAUUGAGAUCGCUAGGAACAUGGUUAGAUUCGCCAGAAGCUUGGGAUGUGAAGAUGUUGAAUUUAGUCCAGAAGAUGCCGGAAGAUCGGAGAGAGAGUACUUAUACGAGAUUCUUGGUGAAGUGAUCAAAGCUGGAGCAACCACUCUUAACAUACCUGACACUGUUGGUAUAACCUUGCCUAGUGAGUUUGGUCAGUUGAUUGCUGAUAUUAAAGCUAAUACUCCUGGGAUCCAAAAUGUUAUAAUCUCUACACAUUGUCAGAAUGAUCUUGGACUCUCCACCGCCAACACUUUAUCUGGUGCACAUUCGGGCGCGAGGCAAGUGGAAGUGACUAUCAAUGGAAUUGGCGAAAGAGCUGGAAACGCUUCAUUGGAAGAGGUUGUCAUGGCCAUAAAAUGCCGUGGAGAUCAUGUCUUAGGAGGCCUAUUUACUGGAAUCGAUACCCGGCACAUUGUUAUGACAAGCAAGAUGGUUGAGGAGUACACUGGUAUGCAAACGCAGCCCCAUAAGGCUAUUGUAGGAGCAAACGCCUUUGCGCAUGAAAGUGGUAUUCAUCAGGAUGGAAUGCUGAAGCACAAGGGUACCUAUGAAAUUAUGUCCCCCGAAGAGAUUGGGCUUGAGCGAUCAAAUGAUGCUGGCAUCGUGCUGGGAAAGCUUAGUGGGCGUCACGCACUGAAAGACCGUUUAAAUGAGCUCGGUUAUGUCCUGGAUGAUGGGCAGCUAAGCAACCUUUUCUGGCGUUUCAAAGCUGUGGCAGAGCAAAAAAAGAGAGUUACCGAUGCUGACUUAAUAGCUUUAGUAUCUGAUGAAGUGUUUCAGCCAGAGGCUGUCUGGAAACUCCUGGACAUGCAGAUAACUUGUGGAACUCUCGGUCUCUCAACAUCUACUGUAAAACUUGCUGACUCCGAUGGCAAAGAGCAUGUAGCUUGUUCUGUUGGAACCGGACCUGUAGAUGCAGCUUACAAGGCAGUUGAUCUUAUCGUUAAGGAACCUGCGACUCUGCUUGAGUACUCGAUGAAUGCAGUAACAGAAGGCAUUGAUGCUAUUGCAACCACACGGGUUCUAAUCCGCGGAGACAACAACUACUCAUCAACAAACGCGGUAACGGGUGAAUCUGUUGAAAGAACUUUUAGUGGAACCGGAGCAGGAAUGGACAUUGUUGUGUCGAGCGUUAAAGCUUAUGUUGGAGCUUUGAACAAAAUGUUGGGUUUCAAAGAACACACCUCCACUUUAAGUAAAACCCCUUUGGAGACCAACGAAGUCCCUGCCUGAAGAAAAUCUUACCUGCAAAUCUCAGAGAUCAAAUCACAAUUUAGAUGAGUAAACGUCUAAAAGAUUUUUAUUUUUUGUUACCGUUAUUGUUUGUAUAAAAAGAAUAUGAGUUUUGGUUUACUAAAAUAACUAUGAUAUAAAACAGAGUAUUUGGUUAAAACAUUGAAACAAGAACAAAUUUUCUAUAAAUAGUGAAGGCAUUUGCCCUAACAGGAA